CCGAAGAGCAAAACAGCCUCGUCGCCGCCGAGAGAUAUACACACAGAGACUGCGGGAGAGGAAGAGAGAGAGAGAGAGAGCCGGAGAAGAUGCAGAUCUUCGUGAAAACCCUAACAGGGAAGACUAUCACCCUCGAGGUGGAGUCCAGCGACACCAUCGACAACGUCAAGGCCAAGAUCCAGGACAAGGAAGGUAUUCCCCCGGAUCAGCAGAGGCUCAUUUUUGCCGGGAAGCAGCUUGAGGAUGGCCGUACUCUCGCCGACUACAACAUCCAGAAAGAAUCAACUCUGCAUUUGGUUCUGAGGCUUCGUGGUGGGAUUAUUGAGCCGUCUCUCAUGGCAUUGGCUAGGAAAUACAACCAGGAAAAGAUGAUCUGCCGCAAGUGCUAUGCCCGCCUGCACCCCCGUGCAGUGAACUGCAGGAAGAAGAAGUGUGGACACAGCAACCAGCUGAGGCCAAAGAAGAAGAUCAAGUAGACUGGGAAUCGAGACAGCGGAACGUCAAGUCUUUUCCGGUCAUUUAGGUCUUUGGCCGUUUCUUUUAAAACUUUGUUAGAACUUAUUAUGAGAAAUGGCUUUCAUUAAGUUUGAAUCUCUCUAUAUCGAGUCGUUGACAUGGCUAAUGCAUACUUUGAUUUUUGUUUGUUGAAUGAAAGAUGGAUUAGUGUAUGAAAACUAUUUUCCCUUCCAA